UAUAAGCUGCAGUUUCAUAUAAAAGACACGGCGUUGAAUAUUACAAUGUCUGUUUUAUGACUACAGUCUCUGAAAACAUUAUUUCAGUUUACUCGAGGAUCAAUCGAAGUGUUUUAGAAUGGCUACGCCUACGCUAACGUGGUCAGAGAGAAUGCUUCUGCUCCUUCGCCGAAUGAAUAACUUCUAUUUGCCGGGUUCCAGUCUUGAGAGUUGUCUACGGUUCGAAGUUGCCGGGGAACAAGUUGGCUGGGUGCCCUUUAGAGUAGCGUCCAUCUUGAGCUACUUUCCUCAUGUUUUCAGUCAACCAUACGGGAGCACUAUUGCAAUGUCUUCCGCACUUGACACCUAUCACAAGAGGUCAGAGGCUAUGGACUUAGUUCUGCAGGAGCUGAGGAGGGAUGAGUCACUUACGUGUCUGAGAGGCUGGAGAGAUGAGAAAUACUCAGUAAUGCCCAGAUUUUGUGACACCCCAUUAAUGCACAUGGAAAGAGCUGCAACAAGCCUGUUUGGGGUUAAACGUUACGGGGUCCAUGUCAAUGGUUAUAGCUGGGAUGAAAAUGGUAUACUGUAUAUGUGGUUGGCACGCCGGUCCCUUACAAAGCAGACCUACCCAGGAAGACUCGACAAUCUGGCUGCAGGAGGUCUAGCAGCAGGUUGCAGUGUGAAACACACGCUGGUGAAAGAAUGUGAAGAGGAGGCGUGUAUCCCUCCAUCUUUAGCAGAGAAAGCCCAGCCUGUUGGUACAGUGAGCUAUACUUAUGAGGAUGACGAAGGCAUCUUUCCUGAGUGCCAGUUUGUAUUUGACUUGGAGCUGCCCCUCCACUUUAAACCCCAUAUCGGGGACGGAGAAGUGCAAGAAUUUUACUUCUAUCCUAUCGAUAAGGUAAAAGAUCUUCUGGUCAGUGAUGACUUCAAGCCUAACUGUGCCAUGGUGGUCCUAGACUUCCUCAUCAGACACUCUGUCAUAGAGCCUGACUCAGAGCCCUAUUAUCACGAGUUCAUUGCUGGGUUACACAGAUCACUAUAAGUGAAGGGUGCAUAUUAUGGGGAACCUAGUGCCUGGUACAGCUACCUCUGUGACUUAAUGAUGCAUGCCAGAGUAUGACGCUCAUUCCUAUUAACGCAGUGAUAUUAGUGUUACCAUCAGUGAAAUCUUGUGAAGUUCUGUACAAUACUUUAUGAACAUAUGUGGCUUCAAUUCAGAUGAGGACAUUUUGGAUUAUACAAUGCAAUUUC